AUGGCCCUCGCGUUUGUCGCCCCCGCGCAGCCGCAGGCGCAGACCGCCGCCCUGCGCGGCGCCGCCGCCUUUGAGGCCCCGCGCAGCGCCGCGCCCGCGGCGCUGGGCCUCCCGGCGGCGUCCACGCUCUCGGGCCUCGCCGCCGCCGCCGUGGGAGCUGCGGCGGUGUCGCGGGCGGGGGCGCGCAAGGCGAAGAAGGGCCAGCGCGUGGUGUCCAUGCAGGUCGGGACGUCCUCGGACCCCUGGUCGCACUGCGCGGAGUACAAGGACGAGCUGCUGGCCACCGUGAAGGCGAUGACGGCGCCCGGCAAGGGCAUCCUCGCCAUGGACGAGAGCAAUGGCACGUGCGGCCUCCGCCUGGAGUCGAUCGGCGUGGAGAACACUGAGCUGAACCGCCAGCGCUGGCGCGAGACGCUGCUCGGCACUAAGGGCCUCGGGGACUUCUGCGGCGGCGCCAUCCUUUUCACGGAGACUCUCUACCAGGACACCACGGACGGCAAGAAGAUGACGGCCCUCGCCAAGGAGAACGGCGUGAUCCCAGGCAUCAAGGUGGACACAGGCUUGGUGCCCCUCACGGGCGGCAAGGAGGGUGAGAACUGGUGCCGCGGCCUCGACGACCUGAAGGAGCGCACCGUCGACUACUACAAGGCGGGCGCGCGCUUCGCCAAGUGGCGCACCACCGUGCGCGUGCGCGAUCACUCCUCGAUCGCUGUUGCAGAGGCCGCCCAUGGCCUCGCGCGCUACGCCGCCAUCUGCCAGUCGUCGGGCCUGGUGCCCAUUAUCGAGCCCGAGAUCCUCCUCGACGGCGAGCACGACAUCGACGAGUGCCUCGAGACGUUCGAGGAGACCUGGGCCGCGGUCUUCAAGGCCUGCGCCGACUUCGGGGUGUGCCUCGAGGCGGUCUACCUGAAGCCCUCCAUGGUGACGCCAGGCGCCCAGUCGGGCAAGACAGCGGACCCGAAGACGGUGGCGGAGUACACCCUCGGCGCGCUGAGGCGCGUGGUGCCCCCCGCGGUGCCGGGCAUCUUCUUCCUGUCGGGCGGCCAGUCUGAGAUCCAGGCGACCGAGAACUUGAACGCCAUGAACACGUCGCCGAACCCGUGGCACGUCUCCUUCUCGUACGCCCGCGCCCUGCAGAACACGACGCUGAAGACCUGGGCCGGCAGCGACGACAACAAGGUCGCGGCGCAGUCCAAGCUCUUCCAGCGUGCCUCGGCGAACUCCAAGGCGCAGAAGGGCGAGUACGACCCGGCCACCGCCAACGAGGAUGCCACCGCGGCGGAGGGCAUGUACGUCAAGGGCUACACCUACUAG